GUCCUUUAAAACAGCACUCGAGUAAUCGUCAGGUACCACCACUUCUAACCGCAUGAUGGGUUCCAGAAGUUUCACGUCAGCAUCUCGCAUCAGCUAUUGAAAGAUUUAGAUAACAUUCAUAUGACAUAUAUUUAACAAUAAGUUGAGAACAAGUUCUAAACUUGUGUCGUAAAGGCAAUUAUUCCUUAGCCUACUAAUUUUAAUCAGUUUCAAAGGAACAUAGUCCCAAGUGAAAUGCUCUUUGAAGUUGGUCCUUCAGAAAACAAACGAAACGAAAUCAUGUAAAUUUCAAAGUAUCGACACGCAUCAAUGCCUGCAUUUUUCGUAAAAUAAUCCUAUCGUUUCAUGGUUGCUGGGUAUGUGUCUCUGUUGUACAGUAUCGGCGACAAGCCCUUAGAAUAUUGGAGCAAACAGCAGUCUCAGUCAGGUCGCAUACGUAAGAUCUUAGACUCCGAUCUAUUGGAAAAUGUUAUCGAGAUACAGGACUUCGAACAACCGAACAGUUAUGGCACUUCCAUUUUGUGUCCUUCAGAUUCCUCUCUGUUUCUCAACAUCGAGCUACCGAUUCUAGUCGUGGUCAUUAAAAAUGUAAAUUUACCCUGUCGACUGCAAUUGCAGGUGGCAGAUACCCAAAAUUGUCAGCAUCAUUUCCAAUUCACCAACGUCGAGGGGGAGAAGCAAAACUCUAGGGGCCUGAUUUGUCGCGCCAAAUUGAAACUGGAAACCGGCUGGAAUAAACUGGAACUAAACCUGUCGAGUCUGACUCAGACUAUCUUCAAGAGCGAGUAUGCGAUCACGCAGAGGAUACAGAUUAGCGGAAAUUGCCGUCUCCGUAGGGUGUACUUCAUAGACAAGCACUACGACCAGCAGGAGAUCUGUCCUAAGUUGUACCACAGAUUCCUCGACUCUUACAUGCUGAAGUGGGGCAUUCACACCGUGGAAAGAUCGUCGCAAACAUCUAACAAGAGAAACAAGAGUAAAAUCAAGGCUGGCAAUAAUUUGAAGAGCAACAUAAAACACUCCAGCGCCGAAAACGUGAGCGAGGAUGAGAUAGGUCGUAGUAUUUUCAGAUGUCCUGCUGGACGCAGCAGAAUGCUCGACGAGAACUUCCUGAAGAACUUGCAGAUGAAAACGAACGUACUGAUCAACAGCUUCUUCGAUAGACAACCUUCAAAACUGCCACAUGUUCUGGAGCUGAAGCAGAAUGCGAAACUGAAGCCUUACGCCUUGCCAGCAUCCACGGCGAACGUGAGAAUUCCUAAUCCUAGCAACAUUGCGGAUGAAGCUCGCAGAAGAAUUAACGUCCUUCGCACGUUCACCGAUAACCAAAGGAUCAAAGACAAGAAUGCUGUGAAGAACAUACAGGACAACUGGAGACACAGGUACUUUCUUCCUCACGAUAAAUCGUUGAAGAGUAACGAUGCGACGAAGCAGAAUUUGAAGAGGACUAUGUUAGAGUGUAAGCCUAAGUCUUUGCAUUUUCUGGCAGAAGUCAAACCUGACGCUGGAAGAAGUACUUCAGAAUCAUCUAAAACAAGCGGUGAUACGAGUAAGCGUAACGAGAACGACGCUACUUGAAUUAAACUCUGUUAAACUCUGCACUUUGUCAUUUGUUAAUAUAUUGUUUAUCCCUAAACCUA